CGGCCUCUGCGUCCCAGAAUCCAAGAUGGCGGGGUCCAGACGGAAGGGUCCCCGGGCCGGAGCGCGGCCGUUCAUUUGCGCCCUGCUGCUGUCUUUCAGCCGAUUCGUCGGGAGCGAUGGCAUGGGAGGCGACGCUGCGGCCCCCGGCGCCGCGGGCACCCCGGCCGAGUCACCGCACCGCCGCUUCGAGUACAAAUACAGCUUUAAGGGGCCGCAUCUGGUGCAGAGCGAUGGGACCGUGCCCUUCUGGGCCCACGCGGGGAAUGCUAUUCCAAGUUCAGAUCAAAUUCGAAUAGCACCAUCAUUAAAAAGCCAAAGAGGUUCAGUGUGGACAAAAGCAAAAGCAGCCUUCGAGAACUGGGAGGUGGAAGUGACGUUUCGAGUGACCGGAAGAGGUCGAAUUGGAGCUGAUGGCCUAGCAAUUUGGUAUACAGAAAAUCCAGGCUUAGAUGGACCUGUGUUUGGAUCAGCUGAUAUGUGGAAUGGUGUUGGAGUAUUUUUUGAUUCUUUUGACAAUGAUGGAAAGAAAAAUAAUCCUGCUAUAGUAGUCAUAGGCAACAAUGGACAGAUUAAUUAUGACCAUCAAAAUGAUGGUGCCACUCAAGCCUUAGCAAGUUGUCAGAGGGACUUUCGUAAUAAACCCUACCCUGUCCGGGCAAAGAUUACCUAUUACCAGAAAACAUUGACAGUUAUGAUCAAUAAUGGCUUUACACCAGAUAAAAAUGAUUAUGAAUUUUGUGCCAAAGUGGAAAAUAUGAUUAUCCCCACCCAAGGGCAUUUUGGGAUAUCUGCUGCAACAGGAGGUCUUGCAGAUGACCACGAUGUUCUUUCUUUCCUGACUUUCCAGUUAACUGAGCCUGGAAAAGAGCCACCGACACCAGAAAAAGACAUUUCAGAAAAAGAAAAGGAGAAGUAUCAAGAGGAGUUUGAGCACUUCCAACAAGAACUGGACAAGAAGAAGGAGGAAUUCCAGAAAGACCACCCUGACCUCCAGGGGCAGCCGGCGGAUGACAUAUUCGAGACCAUAGGAGAUCGCGAGCUAAGACAGGUCUUUGAAGGACAGAAUCGUAUUCAUCUGGAAAUCAAGCAACUUAACCGGCAGCUGGACAUGAUCCUUGAUGAACAGAGGAGAUACGUCUCUUCCCUGACAGAGGAGAUCUCCAGGAGAGGAGUGGGGGCCGCGGGGCAGCCUGGUGGGCAGGUCUCUCAGCAGGAACUGGAUACAGUUGUGAAGACCCAGCAUGAGAUUUUGAGACAAGUGAACGAGAUGAAGAACUCCAUGAGUGAAACGGUCCGGUUGGUCAGUGGCAUACAGCACCCUGGCUCAGCAGGCGUCUAUGAGACCACUCAGCACUUCAUGGACAUCAAGGAGCACCUGCAUGUCGUGAAGAGAGACAUCGACAACCUGGUGCAGCGCAGCGGGCCAGCUAAUGAAAAACCCAAAUGCCCAGAACUGCCCCCAUUUCCAUCAUGUCUAUCCACGAUCCACUUCGUGAUAUUUGUGGUGGUGCAGACAGUGUUGUUCAUUGGCUAUAUCAUGUACAGGACUCAGCAAGAAGCAGCUGCCAAAAAAUUCUUUUGACCUUCAUUUUCCAAUAUGUACAUCAUGUAUGUAUGUGCAAAUGUUGUCUUCUGAGGGGAUUUAGUAUUUAAAUUGCUUCAUAGUCUAAGUUAUUGAAUUUUGUAUAAAAUAACUCUAGAAAACAUUCAUUUUUCAGUAAAAAAUAAAUCUUAAAGACAACCACAUUUUGUUCAUAGUACACAUGUCUUUAAAUUUAGUGAGUUUCUGGUAGGCAGAGUACAACCACUGAACAGAAUAAUGGCAAGCAAGACAUUAAACAGAAGCCACUGCUGGCUGUGGACAUUAACCUCCCCGCCUCUGGAGGUCUCUCUAUUUAUAUAAACACACUUGCCUUUCUUCCCAGAAUAUGAGAUCUAAACAAGAGCACCCUGUUCAUGUGAGUCUUGUAACCAAAGUCGUUUUUAAAUGUGAGAAUUCCCUAACACAAGAAUGGGUUCUAGAGUCCUUUGGUCCCAACACGGCUCCCUCUGGGAUCAGGGAUUUGUCUGGGAGCUUUAAAGGAGACGGCGGGCAUCAGAGCAUUUCAUGAAAUGUUUCCCCCCCUUUUUUUUUGAGACAAAGUUUCUCUGUAUAGCUUUGGAACCUUUCCUGGAACUCACUCUGUAGCCCAGGCUGGCCUUGAACUCACAGAGAUCCGCCUGCCUCUACCUCCUGAGUGCUGGGAUUAAAGGCAUGCACCACCACCACCCAGUGUCCCCUCUUCUUUCAAGGUGUAUUUCACUUUGAAAAGAAAUUUUGGUGGAAAAUGCUUUUUGCCUACGUCAUUUAGGUGAGGACAGUCCUAUGACGAUGGUUUUUAAUGGUAUUUUGCCUGGUGGUGUAUUCAUUCAUGAUGGCCAUUGCCUUGAAUAUUUUUGUUCCAAUAAUGUCAAUUCAGUAUCACAGAAAUAAUUUUUAGACUUGUAAUUUGUGGGAUUCAUUUCUUCAUUUUGUUGAACAUGCAGUGUGGCUCUGCUAGCAUGUCCUGCAGCUAUUCUAAAGUCACAGGAGGCACCAGGACACUCUGGUUUACAUUAGUCUAGUUUGUGACUUCAGGGGGCUAUGACAGAAGCGCUUUGAGAGAUUUGAGAGCAAAUUUGUCACGUAAAUACUUACCUAUUUCUCCUUUAAACGCUGGAAAUCAGGAUAUUGUGAAGCAUCCGUUAGUGAAUUAACCAGGAACAUUAGGCUGGCAAGAGUUGAGACAGCCACAGUUGGAGGUAUUUGAGAAACCACCUGUGACCUUUCUUUCUUUUCACAGCUGGGCUAGACUUUCGCUGGCUUCAAGACAGUUUACCUCUUAUUAAAGUAAUGGUCUCGUUUGCUCUGGGAUCCAGGACAACACUGUUUAAUAAGAUACGCAGCUAAAUUGUUGUAAGUUUUCUCUCAGCUGUCAUUUGCAGACUGGGCUAACAGCCCAGCCUAUGUGAAGACUUUUGGAGAGCUCUCUGUGCCGUGGCACUACCUAACUGGCACCACGGGUGCAGGCUCCCCACACUUUAUGCUGCCAUUCAUCACCCCAGAUCCCAGAAAUUCUGACAGUGCACUCGGUGCCUACAUGAGACUCGGCAGCAUAAAGUGCUCCUCACUCUCUCCUCUAGAGUUCACAUUUGGAAACUCAUGUUCCAUAAGCGUCAUCUCCCAGAACUUAUUUACUAAAAAAUCCUCCAUGAAAAUGUCCGAGUGCAGACACUGGGAAAUCUUCUUGAAAUAAAAGGCUGCCAGAGCCCAGUAUUGAAAGCCCACAGUCGUGGGUGCCUGGACGUUAAGGGGAUCCAGACCCGGGCAGGGUACGUUUUGGAGGUUGAAGUCUGAAGGGAAGUACACUGAUCCUUCCUAAUGUGAUUGCAGCUAGCCAUUGGAGCAGGAGCAGGAAUCUUUUUACUUGUUAAUUGCUUCAGAAUCACUCUGCAAGGUCGUCCACAUGGUCGGUCUGUCUGUCUGUCUGUGUUUUCCUCAGAAUCAUUAAGUCGGAAUCUCCUGAGCACAACCCUGCUCUGUGGGACACGAUCACUGCCAGAGUUCCUCCAUUUCUGUAGUGUUCUGUGUAACUGGAAUAAUUCACUUCUCACACCAGCAAGUAUUUUACAGGUGCCUUGGAUUAAAACAAAAUUUAUUUUAAAACUUCAAUGUAAUUUUAUGAUGCCACUUUUAAAAGAAGUUGCAAUUAUGUAAUUGCUGAUAAACUUGUGUCAUAUGCUGUUUGCAUUAUAAUUAUUUGAAUGCUUUAUUUAGCUUAAAACUUCACCUGAAGUCACAAACAAUAAACCAGUGUUUUGUCACAUUUUUAAGGCACUUCAGUGUUCUUCCAAGUAUGGCCCAUGGACCAGCCAUUCGGUUCAUGGAAUGCUUCUUAGGAAUACAGAUUCCAAGGCCCCAUUCCAGCCCAGCUGCGUCACAACUCAGGUGGGGCUUCAGAGUGUCCAUCCCCUUCCAUAGACACCACAGACAUAGCACACUGACAGUUGAGAGCCACUGACAUGAGGAGUAGGAAAAGGGCUGUGGUGGGAGUUUGUUUUGUUGGCUCAAAGCUGAGCUACGCACAUUUUCACUGUCUUUGAGAUGGGCAACUCUGCUGAUUCUUCUGUGCUUGUUGGUGUUUGUUUUGCUAAGACUCUUUGUUCAUCAGCGACUACACACUAACCGGUUGUUAGCUGACCUCUUAGCGCUUCAGUGAUGACUUCGAAACUUGUAGAAUCGUCUUUGGCUCAUGGGAAAGCUUAAGCGUGCCCAUCAUGAAGCCUGCCUGCUGAAGCUGUGGCCUUCCUGAUUGUCACCUCCUUUUAUCCCAGACAGCUGCAUCUGUUGAUAACUUGAGGAGAAUGGGAAAGACUUGAAUAAGGGGUCGCUUACCUGCUGCUCUGUAGAGAAUCGGUCUUUGUAAAGAACUGAUUGGUUGCUGGAGUCAGAUUCUCUCGAAGGGCCCCCAUGCUGGUUGGAGAAAGGCGAUGAACAAAUUAGUCAUUGGGAAUUUUGUAUUUGUAAGAUUUAGGGUGAGAUCAGCUCUUGCAACUUUUUAAAUCUGUAUGUUGCCCUUUUUAAGGUAUUUCUUUUAUGAUGUUCAAGUUUAAAAGGGUUUUCUAUCCACUGUCAAUUUCAACUAUAUAACAUUUUGUCAAGUUUUUUUGUUUGUUUGUUUUUGUUUUGCUUUUCUGAUUGUUACUUGAUGCUAGCUGGAAUUCAAGAAAUGUCAAUGACCUUAUUCAAAUAAAAGAAAUAUUUUAGUAAA